CUCGCCGUCCUUCGAAUCGCCUUCCUCUGCUCUCUCUCUCUCUCUCUCUCUCUCUCUCUCUCUCUCUCUCUCUCUCUCUCUCUCUCUCUCUCUGUUCAAGCCUCUCUGUUCAAGGAAAUGAGUUGGUCGUCAAGUGAUAAUUUUUUCGUGAACGCAAAGUUAGAAGUCUUCUCGAUCGACAUAUUUUCCGAACCAUUAGAAUUGACACGAAGCCAUAAGAUUGUCUACGAUGGGCCAAAGGAUGAUGAUUUCAAGAGGUUCUUGCGUUCUAAGAACUUUCGGGUAAACCGUCAAGGAAAGGCUAUUGUGCGUGUCCAAAAGCGUGACGACGAUGGUGAAUACCUUGAAUGUCAGUAUGAUAACUUCAUUCUAGAAAUGGUAGUACCAUUGGGAACUUUUGGUUUCCAGAAUAUACCAUUGCCGAAGCCGCAAGAGGUGAACGAAUUGCAAAGCCUCCUGAACAAUACCAAGGCUGAAUUGGCUAAGAAGAAUGGCGAGCUUAAUGAAUUGCAGAGCCUCCAGGACAAUACCAAGGAUGAAUUGGCCAAGAAGGAUGAUGCAUUUAAUGAAUUGAUGAAGCAGAAGAUUGAUCAAGACUGGAAUCGUGAACAAUUCCGACUGACUAUGAUUGCGAUCACAAACUCAAUGAAGGGAGUGUUCAUUGACUUUAGCCUUGAACCACCAACCAACGGAGAUCCAGAAUCUGUACUGAGGUUUCUUGAGAUGUUACGCGAUCUAAUCCUUCACAAAGAAUUUGGUGCCACUUUCUUAGUAGCUGCAACUAGGUUACUAGCCUCAAUUGAAAGUAUAUUUGAGAAACGCAAUGGCAUAACCAUUGGCAUGGAAACAACAAAUAGUACUCCGAGCACUCCAGCUCGUCUCAUUGAGAGUCUAUUUACCUUAAGAGGCUUUAUGGAGUCCCACUUCUUUAUUGAUGGUAGUGUUAUAGUUAGGGAUUUUCGCUUGAUGAAUGAGUAUGACCUCCCAGUUAUCUUUCGGGAUUCUGCAGCAAAUGUGGCUGAGCUCAGAAAGAAGGAGGUGGGUGCGAAAUCAAUUGAUAGCAUCGACGGAAACUCCAUCUUCUAUGGGUAUUUCAACAUUCCAAAUGUGGGGAUGUUCAAGGGUGUUUUGACUAGAGUUCAUGUCACCAUGCCAGAUGAAAUCAUGGAGAAACUUCAAGUAAGUGGAAAACAUAACCUUAUCAAUGAUAAAAGGUUUUGGUUUGUCUAUGCCAAUGGGUCAGCUAUAUUUGAAAAGGAGCUUUUGAGUCCUCAAGAUGUGAAAUUCACUCCUUCUCGGGUCUUAGGUGGCCAGACUGACUUCUUAGAGUUUCUCUGUAGGAUGAAUCGAACCUUUGUUGACAAGAAUGGGACAUAUCUCAAGUUUGAUUUUAUUGCAACCAAGAAUUCAAAUACACCGCAAGACAAUAUCCUUCGUUAUUAUGACAAGGAUCUUGCAUUGCAUGAUCCUUUUAAGUUGGUGCAAUUUGAUGCGAAUGAAUGUGCAAUAGAAAUCGGAGAAAGAGAAGUUUCAGUCCCUUUGUCUUGGACAUUUACAAGUGAGAAAUAUGCCUCCUGGAUUGUAAAUGAAGCUAUGGGUAAUGACUCUGCUUUCACAUAUAAGGGUAUCCGUUUUGUUGGAAAAAUAACAAAAGCCUCUGGUACUUUUCACAAGAAUGCUUUGGUUAGUGUAUUCUUCGAACAAAGCCAACAUGGGGAGAAUUGUUUUGUGGAUGCUCAAAUUCGUGGAUCAAUGAUAAAAAGAAGCCUGUACAAUUUAUUUCAUAGUGUUUAUAGUUUAUUUUGUGUUUUAUUUUUUAUUUGGGAAAUUAAUUUGUUGAAAGUUUGUUGUAUAAUAUGGGUCUAUAGUAUAUAAUAAAUUUCUCAUUGUUUCACUUUCAAA